CCUAAGGCGUCCAGACCUCGAGCGGCGGAGCACGGGGCGAGCGGCUGCUGGCAGGGAGUGCAGCGGCCCGCGAGCUCCGUGAGGAGCGGCCGGCCGGCGCUGGAGAGAAGGACCUGAAGAUGGAGUAGUAACCAAGGCAUGCCCCAUGAUUCUGAGCACCUUUCCCUGUGGACUCCAGUCCUAGCCAGAGGCUACACGUGGAGCUGAAGGAACUCAUCCCCUGCUUUCCUGCGAACCCCUUUCUCUACUGAUUCAUGAGCCAGCAGGAUGCGGUCGCUGCGCUUUCAGAACGCCUGCUCAUAGCUGCGUACAAAGGCCAAGCGGAGAAUGUGGUUCAGCUCAUCAACAAGGGUGCCAAGGUAGCGGUUACCAAGCAUGGCCGGACCCCCUUGCACCUUGCUGCCAAUAAGGGCCAUCUCUCUGUGGUCCAGAUUCUGCUGAAGGCUGGCUGUGACCUCGACCUGCAGGAUGAUGGGGACCAGACAGCCUUGCACCGGGCCGCUGUGGUGGGAAACGUUGAGAUCAUCACAACGCUUAUCCGUGAGGGAUGUGCCCUGGACAGACAGGACAAGGAUGGAAACACAGCCCUCCAUGAAGCCGCCUGGCAUGGGUUCAGCCAAUCAGCCAAGCUGCUUGUUAAAGCGGGAGCCAACGUGCUUGCCAGGAACAAGGCAGGGAACACGGCUCUGCACCUGGCCUGCCAGAACAGCCGCUCCCAGAGCACACGCGUCCUCCUGCUGGGCGGCUCCCGGGCUGACCUCAAAAAUAACGCAGGAGACACCUGUUUGCACGUGGCCGCGCGGUACAAUCACUUGUCCAUCGUUAAACUCCUUCUCAGUGCUUUCUGCUCGGUUCAUGAGAAGAACCAGGCUGGAGACACAGCCCUCCAUGUGGCUGCUGCCCUAAAUCACAAGAAGGUGGUUAAAAUCCUGCUGGAAGCUGGCGCUGAUACGACCAUUGUGAACAAUGCAGGCCAGACCCCGCUGGAGACUGCCCGCCACCACAAUAAUCCUGAAGUUGCUCUGUUGCUCACCAAGGCUCCCCAGAUUUUGCGCUUUAGUCGUGGGCGAAGCCUGAGGAAAAGGAGAGAGAGGCUCAAGGAAGAGAGGAGGGCCCAGUCUGUGCCCCGAGAUGAGGUGGCACAGAGCAAGGGAAGUGUCUCAGCAGGAGACACCCCCAGCAGUGAGCAAGCUGUCCCCCAAAAAGAGGAAGCUAAAAGAGAUUGCCCACCUGCUUCCCAGGAGCCCAGAAAGGAGGAAAGGAGGAGAAAGUCAAGGCCAGAGGUGUCAGCACUAUCUGACCCCACCCCAGCAGCUGACCAACAGCCUGGACACCAAAGGAACCCGCACAGUCAUCACCACCCCAAAAAGAAGAGCAGACAUCGAUGCUGGUCCCCACCUCCACCCCAUGGAUUCAGGGCGUACCAGCUCUACACACUGUACCGGGGCGAGGAUGGAAAAGUCAUGCAGAUGUGUGUUUUGGACAAACUGAUGGUGGAGCGGCUGUCGGCAGAGAGAACAGAAUGCCUGAAUCGCCUGCAGCAGCACACAGCUGCUGAGAAGCAGGAGGGGGAGAAGCGGCAGAUGUCCUUGGUGGACGAAUUAAAAGCCUGGUGCACGUUGAAGAUCCAGAAUCUGGAGCUGAGGCUGUCUGGAGAGUCUCGAACCUAUAGAGCUAAAUCCACACCAUCUCCUUGUGACUCCUCUGCAGAUCAACCAGUGGUAGCUGCAGGGCCAUUGGCAGCUUCCAACAGCUCCUCGCAGGUUGUGAGGCCCAAGGAGAAGGCACACGGUGCCACUGCUGCCCAGAGACAGCAGCAGGAACUGCUUCCCUCUGACAGCACAGGCUCCCGGUUGAGGAAGGUCAAGGCCCCGGCAGCCCCCUGCCCCUUGAAUGGGGCUCCCAAGUGUGAUCAGCAGACUGGGUCCUGUGUCAACAGAGGCACUCAAACCAAGAAGUCUGGCAGAAGUGGGCAGACCAAACAUCGAGGCCAGCAGCCCACGGCCAGCAGCCCCUGUGGGCAGCAGUCCUCAGCAGCGGGCGGUGAUGUCCGAGAUGCCUCGCAAGCCCUGGAGCUGACCCAGUACUUUUUUGAGGCCGUUUCUACCCAGAUGGAAAAAUGGUAUGAACGGAAAAUCGAAGAAGCACGAAACCAAGCCAGUCAGAAAGCCCAACAAGACGAGGCCACCCUGAAGGAGCACAUCAGAAGCCUGGAAGAGGAGCUUGCCAAGCUCCGGACAAAGGUGCAGAAGUAAAACCCAGACCCUGAGGGGAAGCAACAGGACUUCUGGCUUGGUAACAGGGAAGUAACUGUGUCCUGGGAGCGAGGGAUUGUGAACAAGGUGGAAUUGCCCCUUGGAGUCACCAAUCUGCUGUGGACACGUGCUUCUGUGCUCUCAAGUUACACCCAAGCCUGGGAAGCUUGAGGAGUUGCAGGUCUCACUCCUAAUUCUAAACCUUAGGCCAGGUUUAUAAAAGCAAACCGCCCCAAGAAGAGAAGGUGUGUGCCUAAGUCUGUGAUUCAGUGACAUGAAAUGCGUUAGGAGCAGAGAUUACUCUCUGGGAAAUCUCCAAGUAGUCAUUGGUAUCCACGUCAACACACCUGCUGUGCCUAGCCGGUCCAGCAGAGCCGGGACUCAGAUGCAGGAAGCUGCUUUCUCCCCUGUAACUCUCAAAAUGCUCAUCUCUUAACUGGGUAAAAAUCUUCCAGAUUUUGAGGGGAAAUACAUUUUAAUGAUCUCAGUGUCCAGUAUGUCUUAAAAUAAUUUUAAAGGACGUGUAAGUAAGGAGUAAUUGCUGACUGAAAAUGUUUGUCAGAUGAGAAAAGCUUAAACCAUUGGUCAGAUACUGUGUUUUUAGUCAAAAUAAUUGAGACUGUUAGGAAAACAUUCAUGAAACAACUCCAGCCAGUUACUUAGACUACCUUUCUGAAUACAAGACUUUUGUUCUGUAUUUUGUAAACAAAGCAAUUCCACAGAAGGUUAAUUUCUAAUUGACUUCUCUCACUGAAGAUCAAGGUAAAAAAUUGACUAACUCGACUUCUGAAGGCUUUUCCUGUUUACUGAAUGAAAUGUACCAGAGACUGAGGAGGUGAAGAUUUUUCAGUCGAGACCUUGGAUUUCUCUUGUAAUCUUUUGGAUCAUGGAUUAUAUCCGUCUCCACGUGCUCUACAUAUGCACAGAAAAUUCAGUUGUUUCUCUAAGCCUAAAACCUAAAUACUGACCAUGAAUCGUGACUAAAAUGCUGUUCAUUGAGCCAAAGAGAAGUGAUGAUAUUUCAGGAAUUGUGUAGUUAGCCCUUUGUCAAGCCAAGUUUUUGUUUUUCCUUCUAGUGACAAUCCAUGAAUACAGACAUUCCUGUAAACGUGACAGGUAUUUUGAGUACAGAGUCCAGUGAGUCCUAGUUCAUGUGACGGACCUGUCUCUAUCCUCUGUGUCUUGGGAGGUGCAACCCUUUCCCAACAAGAUGUUGCUCGCUCCUGAAGGGUCAUUCCUUAUUAUACACCAAACUAUUAGGAACUGCCUAACACUAAAGAGAUGAAACCCUGAGCUCAGAGAGUUAUGCUCCAAGCAGGAGUUAUUUUCACUAUUAGAAUACUUCUUACCUCAAGACAUCCCUGUUGAGAACUGCAGACAACUGUAAUUGGACACCAGGUCUCUAGCAGAGUAUCUUGGUGGCUGUACUUUGAUGAUAUACCUCCUACCCGUCAGAAGCAGGCAGCUUAUCACUGUGAACUGGAUAUUUUGUCAAGUCAUUAAGCAUAGAGACCAGGCUACUGAAUAAGGGCAGUCAGCCCCUUACCCACAGGGCUGACUUCCUAAGUGGUGGGUGUUUGUUAUUGGUUGACUGUGUACCCCUAGACUGGCUUUGAACUCAUGAUCUUCCUGUGGCGGCCUCCUGAAGUCUGGGGUUAAAGGAGUGAGCCCCAUAGCCAAUCACGUUUUGUCUGUAGCACCAGGGUUAGGUUUGUCGCCGUUGUUCCUUAGCGUUGUGCAGCACUGCAGAUCUGGUGUGCAUUGCCCCGUGCCAUGUGCUACAAGAAGCAAGUACCCCCGCCGUACCUUGACAAAUCACUGUUUAUACCAUGUAUUCUCAUGUAGCUCAUGCUUCAAACAGAGGCCUAAAGUGUUUUUUCAACAGCUGUGGAAAAAGUCAUAAACAGUAAAGUUGUACAUUAUUCAUGUCCUUUUUAAAAAACGAGUUAGCACAUCCAGUAUACUGUACACUAAAUAUCUGUGAUAGAGCUGGGGUUAGCCCUCGCAUUGUGUUUGACUUGGGGAGUCCAAAACAGGCUUUUCACAUGUCUUUUUUAAAAUUUAUUUUUGGUGAAAGGCAUGUUGUCUAAUGUUUUUCCCACCUUGAACUUGUGUUUCCUGCAAGCAUUAAACCUUGUUUUCAGUUC